AGCGGUAACACGGGCCACGGCAAAGUGCAUACAGCCAUACGGAAAUCAAGAAACAAACGUACUUUUAGCGGCACACUUGCCAGUUGCCUAACGCGGUUAUUUUUUUGUCAUUAACUAACUCUAUCAUCUUACAUUUUAUUUCUGCCGACCAACGUUUAUGGCAACGCACAACAGGACACGUUAAAAUUGUGAACGUCUGACCGGCCGUAAUUUCGUGCAUACUUGUUUUUGUUGUUUUUUUACAACCGUACUUGUAAUAUCUAAACGUUUUUGUAUUUUAUCUCGAUUGUGACCGCGGUCAUUUCGUUGUGUGUGUGUGUGUGUAUUUGUUGUCGUUGAAAAUGAUCAGUGGCGUCAACGCCGGGUUCUACCGUUCGAAAAAAGAUGUUGAUCGCAUUGUUCAAGACCAGUUAAGCAAACUCACUACCGAACACGAGAAAAAGCAAAAAGGAUUGUCUUUUGCUCGUAUGUACUUCAAGAUAUCAGAGUUUGAACUCUCCAAACAACAUGUGACAACAUAUUUGACUGUAAAUGAAAACUCUCCUGAAGGUCACCGUGUACUCGGCCAUUGUUAUAACAAACUUGGAAAUAAAGAAAAAGCCAUUUCCGAAUUUCUAAAAUCUUUGGCCACUACACCUAAUCAGCCAGAACUACUAUUAUUGUGUACUGAGCUAAUGGCAGAACCAUCAGUUAAUAUCAAAGAGGCCGAUGCCAAAAAAAUUUGUAAACAAACGGAGGCCUUAUAUCCAUAUCAUCCUACAGUAAAUCAAUUAAGGGAAAGGCUGUUAACAUCAAAUGGAAAUUGUGAUGUUUCCAAAGUUGAAGAUUUUCUUAUUAGUGAAAUUUCCGCUAGGCCUGACGAUAUGAAUUUAAGAAUAAAACAAUUAAAAUUAUUUGAGAGCUCAGGUCGCCUAUCUGAAGCUUACAAUCAUGUUGUUAGUAUAGAAAAGUCUUCUAAGUUUCAAAAGGAUAGCAUUGAUUGGUAUAAAACUGCAUCUGAAAUAUGUGAGUCUUACGGAAAUUCAAAUCAAGUCAGUUGGGAGUUUUAUGUUAAAGUAUUGCCAAUAUAUGAACGUGUUGCUUCAUUGCUGGUAUCCGAUUUAAAAACAAAUAAGCAGAACAGUGAAUCCGAUAGCUACAAAUCCCUAUACAGACUCGAUCAAGCUUUAUACCAAGCCAUACAAUUGCCAUCUACACAAACGGAAUUCUACCGAAGUCUCAUAUGCCAUUUAUCUAAUCAAUUGUAUUUUCACAUGGGUAGCCUUAUAUUAAAGACCGGUAAAAAGGAGAACAUUUUGUCAUGGCACAAUACAAAUCAAUUGGUAGCACCUUUGUUUUUAAUGUCAUUGGCACCAACAAUAGACAAACAAGCCUUUGAUAAUAUUUCUCUAAAAGAGUUUAACGAGGAACAAAAAACAAAUGUUGCAUUGUGGGAAUUAGAAGGCACCAGGAGAAUAAUUGAAAGUGGUUUUGUUUUACGAUCAAUGAUUGCAAACGAAGGCGACCAUUUCAUUAGUAAUGUCAAAAUAUUAUGCAACAACGAUUGGAAAUUAAAUACUUAUAAGAAAAUAUUUAAUUCUACAAAUUUUUCAUUAUCUUUAUCUUCGUCACACUUCAUCCAUUAUUCUGCUGAAAAAUUGAUGUACACCAUUCCAGAACUAAUUCAGUAUGCGGUACCAAAACACAUGAUGGCGUUUGAAAUGAGUCGACCUGGGUCGUUGCAUCAUUUGGUUUGGUAUGGUUUACAACUGCUGGAAAACGAAAGUAAAGGCAGUGGAUUGAGGUUAUCUAAAGACACAGUACUUCCUAUUGGUUUUGGUUGCAAAGGAUUUAAUGAUUUACCUUUAGUUUCCAACUCAUUUGCGUCGGUUAAUGUUGAGACUGUUUGUCAAGUAGACAUGAAUACUUUCUUGUAUGCUACAGUUUUUACCGUCGCUUCAGUACUUGAUAACCAGUUCCAAAAAAAAGAUUCCAAAUCAACACAGACCUUUCCUUCAGAUAUAACAGACUUAUUAACGACAACACAACAAGAAAACUGGUGGAGGUCAAUGUAUAAAAUUUAUUCAAAAAAUGUUGACGUCAAGUAUUCUUCUCAACUCAAAAAUGCUGUAUCUCAAGGGUUAGGAGCUAUUCGCUUAAUUGGCAACCAUGGAAUUGAUGUUCAACUGAUAAUUCAGUUGGCAAAAAAUUUUGCUAGCCAGGCUAAUAAAGUGAUGGAUAAUUCCUUAUUUAAAGAAGCACUAGAAAAAAGAGCUACGCACUUUUGGAAAUUAGCUGUACAGUUACUCGGACGACUUGUGCAUCAUGGAAUAGAACAAAGACCAAAAAAUAGUUUGUUUGAUUUUUACAGGAAAACUUUAACCAACGAUGAAAUAAACGAGCUAUUGGACGAAGGUAGAUUCUAUUUAGCUUGCCAGAUGAUGAAUAAGGGUCAGAAUGAAGAAGCUAUUGAGGCAUUUAAAAAGUUAAAUACACCAUAUGCAUCAUUCUACCAAGCAAUGAUAUACAAAAAAAUGGCUAAAUCUGACAUUGAAGCAUCAAACAAUAUCACAUUAUCCGGUUCAAUGAUUUCAACGACAAAUGUUUUACUCACUAAAGUCAAGGACCUGUUAAACCUCACAAAAGAACGUUUGAAAAAAUCUCCUCAACAUCCGUUGCACUAUCAGGUGAAAGAAGAACUUUUAGAAUUACAAUUGGAAACCGAUUUGAAUGGCACAAUUGCAAAAGAUUAUAACCUCGACUCUGGAGAGGAGUUUGUCGAUUCUGUUAGUACGCCACAUAGAAAAUCAUAUAACAAAUUCGGUGACUCUUCUUUCCACAACACAACUAGUACUCCAGUAAAAUCGCCUCACAAUUCUAUGGUUAACUCUUCUAGUUGCAGAAAGCUGGCUGACGACGAGCCUGUCAUGAGAGUGUUGAACGAACUUAAAAUAGCUGUCCAAUCGCAGAACGUCCAAUGUCAAACCAUGGGAUUACAGUACUACACCAUGAUAGAAAACAUGCGCUCGAUGUCAGAGAGAGUAGAUAAACUUUUUGACCAACUCAGCAACACCAAGGACUCGAUUUUGAAUAAAGUCAAUGAUUUAUCUCAAAAUAUUACUAACAACCCUGUUACUGACCAUAAACUCAUUGAUCGUAUCAAUAAAUUGGAAGAUAAUUUUACUGAGAAAAUUGAUGCGUUAAACGAAAUAAUUAACAUGAGACAGACCAUGGGCAAUUUUGAUAGCGAAGAAGAGGGUGGUGACCACCAAUGUCCUCUUUAUCAAUAUCAAGAACACGAAGAGGGUCAAUAUCAAGAACACGAAGAGGGUCAAUAUCAUGAAGACGAAGAGGGUCAAUAUGAACACGAAGAGGGUCAUAGCCUUAAAAUCAGAGAAACUUAUCCUGUAAUAAGACCAACAGAAGAUCAUCCCAUUGGCUCCUUUGAAUAUAUGCAGGAUAUCUUUAACCAAUGUUACAAACAACAACAGUUGGUAUUCCCGUUUCCAAACCCUAAUGUAAACAUUACGAAUUCUGAUACUUUACCGACUGGGCCACAUAUUUCACAACCGCCUUUGAGUGUUACCAUACCAACUCAUCAUCUACUCAGUGGAAAUAACAUGCCGUCUGAAUCUCAGACACACCAGCCUUUUAAAUUUAAUAGUCAACCAACUACAGUGCAAUCUUGUACAACAUACGAGGCUCCACCGCCCAAUUGGUUAGCUAAAACUUCCGAACCAACACCUCCACCCGCAUUUCAACCGGCUUUGUCUACAUUUAAAGAAAGUUUAGAUGCAUCACUGAACAAAUCUAAGAACUCUGCGACUGACGAUAGUUACGUUGAAGAACACGAUCCUAUGCCAGAGUUUCAACCAAUCAUACCAUUGCCUGACAAGAUAGAAGAAGUUACAGGCGAAGAAAAUGAUACAGUGUUAUUCGAGCGUCGAGCAAAGUUGUACAAAUAUACCGAUAAAGAGUGGAAGGAAAAAGGUGUAGGAUUGUUGAAAAUAUUGAGGAACAACGUUACUGCCAAAGUCAGAUUGGUUAUGAGAAGAGAACAAGUUUACAAGGUGUGUGCAAAUCACUUCUUGUAUGAAAACAUGGAAUUAAAACCCAAAAAUGAUAAAUCCGUCAUGUGGACGGCCAAUGACUUUUCUGAUGCUGUUCGAGUGCAAAUUGAAAACUUAUGUGCACGGUUUAAGUCUGUUGAAGAUUGUGAAGAAUUCACAAAGGUUUUUAAUGAAAAUAAACAACCGUGUUCGCAGAAUACUUCAUUAGUUGAAGAUUCUAAUUGUACGGAUAAUGAAAAUUCAACAGUCGAAGAACAGUUAAAUUUGGGUUCAUCUGGUUUAUCAUUGACUUUGGAAAACGAGAAAUCGUUAAAACACACUUUAGGCGGAUUUACAUUUAGUACCCCACCUAUCGUAAACGAAAUAGUUGCACCUAAAGAACCAGAAAAAACUCCAGACAGAUGUAAAGGACUAUUCUCUAGCCUGAAUUUGUCGACAUCGUUUAAUAGCACUUUUGAAACUCCAACACUGACUUCUCUUUUAACUAAACCCACAUUUUCUACAGAUUCUGAAGCUAAAGCAUCAGAAUCUGUUGAAAAAGCAAACUUUUCAUUUGGCUUACCAAAACUUGAAAAUCCUAAUCAAAAUACUCCAAAGGAAAAAUCAUUGUUUUCCAAUCCCAAGGUCACCAGCGACAACAAGUUUGCAAUGAACACUCCGAAGUUAUCUUUUGGAACAUCUAUUGCUAAUCAAAAUACCCCGAAUGAAAAACCAUUGUUUUCUAAUUCCAAGGCCGACGAUAAUAAGCUUGCUGCAUUCACUCCCAAAUUGGAUUUGACUUCCAGCACAUCUGCUACGUCUUAUUUUAGUACGUUGGCCAAAAGUUCACCGAGCAUUGGAUUUAACAAUUCUCCUGAUUUCAAAGGAUUUCCUGGAGCGGGUAGCACAGUAUUUGGUGGUAAAACUAAUCCUUCACCUAACGCCAUUGUUAAACCUUCCCUCGAUACUACUACUGGAUCCAAUGGUAUGCCUAACGAAAAUGGUGAUGACUUUGUGCCGACUGCUGAGUUUACCCCAGUCAUACCAUUACCGAGUAAGGUAGAUGUGGUUACCGGCGAGGAAGGACUAAAGGUCGUGUUUGAAGACAGGGCGAAACUGUUACGAUUUGAUUCAAAUACAAAAGAAUGGAAAGAAAAAGGUAUUGGUCAGAUGAAAAUUUUGCACAAUCCAGAACAAGGCUACUAUCAGUUGUUAAUGAGGAGAGAAUUAAUACAUAAAAUAUGUUGCAAUCAAAGACUAACUACAGAUUUAGAAUUAAAACCAGUCUCGUCGUCCGAUAAGGCCAUGUCAUGGAUAGGUCAGGACUUCUCCGAAGGACAAAGUAAAAAAGAGCUGUUUGCUAUUAGGUUUAAAACUGUGCAACAAUUGCAUGCGUUCAGAGAUAAAUUUAAUGAUCUAAAAAACACAAUUCAAGAUGAUACAAGCAUUUCUAGUAGUGGGGAACCUGAGUUAAGCGAACAGCCUAGAGAAACAAACGCAACAUUGCCUAAAUUGAGUGAUUUAUCUCAGUUUAAGCCCAAACCAGGUUCGUGGAAUUGCAAUAUAUGUUAUUUAUCUAACGAUGCUAAUGCAGAUAAGUGUUUGGCGUGUAAUACAACCAAACCAGGUGCUGUUGUAGAAAAGACAAAUGGAAAUUUGGAUACAGAUAACGAUAAGACAUUGCCUAAAUUGAGUGAUUUACCUCAGUUCAAGCCCAAACCAGGUUCGUGGAAUUGCAAAGGAUGUUAUUUGUCUAAUGAUGCUAAUACAAUCAAGUGCCCGGCAUGUAAUACAAUAAAACCAGGUGCUGCAGUUGAAGAAACUACAGUCAGUAAACCAUCUUUUGGCAGUUUUUCGUUCGGACAACCGUCAUUUGCUUCUACAUUCAAAUUUGGCAUGCCAACAACCGAUAGUGUGAAAUCACCGGCUCCAUCGUUUGCACCUAAAUUUGAAACAACUGAACCUCUGUCUUUUGGAUCGUUGAGCACUAGCAGUAAUGUAUUUGGCAACAAAACGGACCAGUCGAAACCACAAUCGUGGAGAGAAGAAAGUGCCGGACUGGUGAAGUAUGAUUCUGAUAAAAGUGAAAACGAAAGCGAUGAAGAAGACUCUGAAGAUAAUGAAAGUGAUGAUUACGAUGGACAAAAAUCUGUAGUUGAAGCAAAGAAACAGCAAUUUAAACUUUCUAAUGUAAAACUCGAGUUGCCUUCGUUUAAAGUCGAUAAUUUACCAGGAACUAAAGAAAUAAUAUCAGAAAAAUCAGCGUCAAGAGAUUCAUCUCAAAAUUCAGAUAUAGAUGAUUCUGUCAAGAUCUUACAAGUUAGAAACUUAAAAGAAGUAAUACCUUUAGACGAUCAAGUAGUUGCUGAUAACCUGCAACUGCCACUUGCAUUUUUCUUAUACAAGUCAAAACCUAAAUGUAAAGGAUGUGUUGGCUGUGAAGAUAGUGAAGAAGGGGAAAGUGAAGAACGUGAAAUAACAUCUUCAAAAACAUAUGAAAAGGAAAAAGAAACCUUUAAAGUACAAGAGGAAAUACCAACUAAAGUUUCUGAAGUGAGUGAUCCUUUAGUCACAUCAACCAACAGUUUUUCUCAGGCGUUUAACCCUAGUAAGUCCUUCUCAUUUGGUGAUAAAAAUAUGACAAGUGCUAUUGGAAAUACUACUGCACCAAAUAUUUUUGGAAAUACUUCGACAAAUAUAUUUGGAAAUACCGCACCAAAUGCUCCUUUAUUCGGAUCAAACCCAUUAUUUGGUAACAUAGCGUCGAGUUCAAUCAAAAACGAUGAAAAUAAUUCGACCAGUAGUAUGUUUGGUUUACCUUCGACCACAGUUUUAAAUACUUCCAUUUUCAAUACUCAACCGCCAACAAGUAUUUUCAAUACUCAACCGACAACUGGUUCAUUGUUUUCCAAGAAGGCUGAUGUUGUUGAAUCUAAACCUGAAAGUUUGUUUUCCUUCGCUCCCAAAAUCGAUAGUACAUUUUCCAAGACUGAUGAUGCCAAAACUCAACCAGAAAGUGUGUUUUCUUUCGCUCCAAAAAUCGACAGUACCUUAUCAUUUGCAUCGUUAGCACAAAAUUCCAAGUCUAAUUUCGGCCAAGGUCUGUUUGGAAACAAAGAAGUACAGGCUCUUAAAGUUAACCCCCCAUGGGCAGAAAAUAAUGUCAGCCUAAACAAAUCUGUUGACGAGGAAAAAAACAACGAGAGAGAAGAAAAUGGCGAAGAAGAAGUAGAUAACAGCCACGAUCCACAUUUUGAACCGAUUGUCCCAUUACCUGAAGCUGUAGAGGUUUCUACGGGCGAAGAAAACGAAACCAUACUAUUUUGUGAGCGCUCCAAGCUGUUUCGUAAAGAUGGCAGUGAAUACAAAGAAAGAGGCAUCGGUGAAAUGAAAAUUCUAUAUCAUCCAGAAAAAAACACUUAUCGCUUGUUGUUCAGAAGAGAAAAAGUUUUCAAGGUCGUGUGCAAUCACUUGGUAUCAUCCGACAUAAUGCUGGUACCUAUGAAGUCUUCGAACAAAGCAUAUUGCUGGGCCUGUAUGAACUCUACAGAAGAAAACCCUGAACCACAAAAAGAAUUGUUGGCAAUUCGUUUCAAAAAUGAAGAAUUAGCUGAAAAAUUCAAAGAAGUAUAUGAUGAUUGUGUUUUAAAAUUAGAAGAAACACAAUAACAAAACCACAACCGUUUAUUUAUCUCUGUUAAACUUCUCGAAAUAUAUUAAGGAAAUAUAAAUUGUUACAGUUUAAUUUAAUGAUCUAUAUUGUAUGAAAGAAAUGUUUUAUUACCUAAUAUUUUCUUUUGGUGGUGCUAAAGUAAUGGUAUUAUCUAAAGAAAUUUUGUAUAUUUAUUUUCAGUGUAAAUUAAACGAGAAGUCGAACACUUAAAUUAUUUUAACAUUUUUAAUAUUACCUUUUUUUUUACUAUUAUUUCCAAAGAGUAAACUAUUU